AUGGUCAAUAUACUCAAACCGAUAAUAGAAUCCGUGAUCACCGAAGCAGUAAAAACUGCCAGGCAGACCACUGUUCAAUGCGAAAACGGUUAUCUACAAAUUAUACGAAUAGAUACUAUAGCUCUAAGAGAUGUGCAGCUGAUCGCACCUUCCGCGGUGCGGUUAGGUGAGACAGUGCUUCUUGGCUGUAAAUGGACGCUCGAGGGCAAUGAGACCCUGUACAGUGUUAAGUGGUAUAGGGGGCGGAAGGAAUUUUUCAGUUACCUGCCUAAAGAAUAUCCUUUUACCAGGAUCUUUGCUCAACCCGGAAUUGAUGUUGAUAUCUCCAGAUCAACAUCCCAACAAGUUGUUCUAAGAGAAGCAACUCGGGCACUAGCGGGUAGAUACCGAUGUGAGGUAUCAGCCGACGCGCCGUCUUUUCACACGCAAGUUCGCUCCGCAUUCAUACAUGUCGUGGGUAAGUGU